AUGCUCCAUGCCGAAAAUCGCCUCGUGCAACAUAUGGUCCGCCAAGAGUUGUACAUACCCCGACUUAAGCCCCAAAUAAAGAAGUGUAUUUUCAUGUGCAAGAUCUGCACCAUGCAUAAGCAGAAAAUGCGAAAGCAGAUUAUGGCAGCACUUCCACCUGAACGCUGCAAUUUCGCUCUGCCUUUCACCACAACAGGUGUUGAUUUUGCUGGGCCUUUUCAGAUAAAGGCGUCCAUGCUAAGAUCUCCUACCCUUAUGAAAGGCUACGUGGCUGUCUUUGUCUGUUUCACGACAAAAGCGGUACACCUAGAGUUAUGUACUAAUCUGACAACGGAGGCUUUUCUCGCGGCAUUUGCACGCUUCGUCGGACGACGGGGCUUCCCAUCAAAGAUCAUGAGCGAUAAUGGCAAAACCUUCAUCGGAGCUCAAAGAGCUACAGAAAAACAAUUUGUGGAUUUUAUAAAACAAGUCUCACCGGACAUUGUCCAAAAAUACGCUCCUCAAGGUAUUAAUUGGCAAUUUAUCCCCCCAAGCGCUCCUCAUAUGGGUGGUUUAUGGGAAUCAGCCGUUAAAAGCUUCAAAUCUCAUUUCAAGAAGCUAGCUGGAAACUACAAAUUUAAUUAUGAAGAAUUCAGCACAUUAUUAACUAGAAUCGAAGGCGUCCUCAACUCACGGCCUCUCGCAGCACUCUCGCAAGAUCCCUCAGACUUCACUGCCCUCACUCCAGGGCAUUUUCUUAAAGGAGCGCCCAUUCUGGCCACACCUGAGCCAGACGUGGAGACGCUCUCCUUAUUAAACAGAUGGGAAAGAAUUAAAAUUCUCCAUCAUGAAUUCAGUCGCCGAUGGAAAGAAGAUUAUUUAAAGGACCUCCACAGAAGGUACCGGUGGAAAACCCCAGAAAAGGCGCCACAGCUUGGGGAUUGUGUCUUGAUAAAUGACGAUUGUCUUCCCCCCACAGAAUGGCGGCUUGGUCGCAUAGAGAAGCUUCACUACGGCUCCGACGGUCAUAUUCGCGUAGUCGAUCUGCGUACACAAACCGGAAUACUAACGAGACCGCUCGUUAAACUAUGCUUUUUGCCGACCGCCGAUAACAUCGAAACGUAA